AUGUACCCGAUGCUCGUGCUGCUGGGCCUCGCUGCCCUCCUGGGUGCCUCCCAGGGCAGCACGGAUUGCUAUGGCAGUGUAAGCGGAAUUGAAACCACGGGGGCUUCCUGCAAAACUGCAAAGCCAGAGGGUUUAUCCUACUGCGGAGUUAAGGCAUCAGAAACGAUUGCUGAACGGGACCUAGAAGCCAUGGCUCAAUAUAAAACUCUGAUUGAGGAAGUUGGCAAAAAGCUGUGCGUCGAACCAGCCAUCAUCGCUGGCAUCAUCUCCCGGGAAUCUCAUGCCGGCACAAUACUGAAGGACGGCUGGGGCGACAACGGAAAUGGCUUUGGUUUAAUGCAGGUUGACAAAAACUCCCAUACACCUGUGGGAGCGUGGAACAGCGAAGCUCACAUUACCCAGGGCACAGACAUACUUGUCUCGAUGAUAAAGACAAUCCAGGCAAAGUUCCCAAGCUGGACAAAGGACCAGCAGCUGAAAGAUGCUGGGGAAGAGGAUGGAGGGGAUGGCGUCCGCAGCGUGGGUGCGUUGUCUGUUUACCAGGUCGAGAAUUCCAGACUCGGGACCUGCUUCGGUAGCUGCGAAAAAAGGUCACCCACCUAG